AUGGACCCGUUCACGCAGCUCUUCUCGCAGACGCAGGCCCCGGAGGAGGAGUCCCAGGGCCCACGCUGCGAAUACUGCCAGUCCGCCUCGUUCCGCGUCGUUGAGGGCAUCUACGUGUGCGCGGAGUGCGACCGCGCCAGCCAGCUCCACGGGCCCACGGUCGAGGAGGAGGCCAACCUCGCGGACCUGCGGGGGGCGCCCCGGCGCCGCAUUCGCACCAAGAACGAGCACGCGCGAAAGACGACGAGACAAGUGGCUCUGGAGGAGAAGGCGGGGCGCGCGGCGACGUCGGUGGACACGGCGCGGGCGUACUGCUACGGCGCGAUGCGGGCGCUGGUCGGGUCGCUCGAGGCGAUGACGCAGCCGCCGCUCGCGUGCAGCCCGCAUGUUGUUGCGGUGGGGCGGCAGCUGUGGCUCGCGGCGGUCGAGGCGUCCGGGAUCCUGAGCGAUGCGUUCCACGAGGAGUUCAAGGACUGGGUUGCCCUCGUCGCGAAGAUGCGACCGAAGAAGCGCCGCGUGACCGACGCGCCGCAAAACGCGACCACCGGCAACGACGGCGGACCGCCGCGCGAGCCCGACAACGCCAUGGACAGCUCCAGCGACAGCGGCAGCGACAGCGACGCCUCGGCCACGUCCAGCAGCAGCUCGGACCCCGGCGAGGGCGAACAAGACACAAUGCCUCUGCGUACAAAGGCCCAGCUCGGGCCGCGCUGGGCGCUCGACAGGGCGCUGCCGCUGCACAGCGUGCUGCCGUCGGUGCUGUUCGUGGCCUGCUGGUGGAUGCGCGAGGCCGUGCUUCCCGGCGACGUCGUGCGGUGGAUUGCGGACGGCGAAGUGCCGCUGCUGGCGCUCACCGUCACGGCGCAGGAGUGGGCGGAGGACCGUCUCGGCUGCGUGCUGCCGCGCGGGCUCUUCGGCCGCGGGUCGCGCACCAUGCUGCCGACGUCGGUGCGGCUCGCGCAGGAGGCGGUCGGGUUUGCCGCGUCAGUCGGGAUCAAACUCCCCCCCGUCCACUCCCGCGCGGUCUGCCACAGGCUCGUGCGCGCGAUGGAGCUCGACGAGUCGCUCGCGGAGGCCGCGGCGCUGCUGGCGGCGAUGCACGUCGACGGCACGGCCCGCGCCGAGCUGUCGCACUCAGGAAUACCCCCCCAGGCAUACCUCGCGGGGUGUGUUCUGCUGGCGCUGAUGAUAGCGGGGGGGCUCGGAGUGGGGCCUGAGGACGGCGGGGGCGCGUGGCGGCCGCCCGAGGGCUGGGAGGCGUGGGCGCUGGCGGCGCUUGAGGCGGCACCCGCAGCUGGCGUGUUGCCGACCACCUCGCGCGAGGCGCAAGGGCUGGACGCGACGGCCGCCGCGAGCCUGCUGAGGUUCCUCAGGAACAGCGUGGCCAGCGGGGCCAACCACAUUCCCGAUGCGGAGGGCGUCCUGGCCGCCCUCGACGCGGGCGCGCGCAGCUACGUCGGCGCCGCGGACACGCCCGCGCAGUGCGCCGUCUGGCCGCCGACGGACCGCGCCGACCUCGCCGCGGCCGCGGUGUGGUCAGGCCCCGCGGGAGCCCCCCGGGGGAGUGUCGUCGCCCGCGUCAAGCCCGAGGCCCUCGUGCCGACGCCGAAGAACCCCGACGCGCUCAUUCCGCGCGAGGAAGGCCGGGAGUCGCUCGUCGCUGCGUCGUUGUCGCGCCGUUACGUCCCCCCCCGCGUCGAGAGGGCCAGACCCUUCAUUACCACGUGGGGCGAAGGCGCGCGGCCGCGCGGGCAGAUCAAGAAGACCGGCGUCAAGCACGCUCCCACGGCGUUCCAUCCGGCGUACGUCGCGGUGCUUGCCGUGCUCUCGGCGCAAUGCUCCCUCCAGGCGGGCGUGCUGCACGCGGCGACGCGCGAGCUGGAGCUCGAGGUGCAUGCGGUGGAAGAGCGCGCGCAGCACCUGGAGAGGCAGGCGGGCGCGUGA